UAGACGGAACCUGUAGCGUUCAUUGUGGCUAACUCGACAUUUCUGUUCAACAUGUCUCCCUUUCAGCUCUGCCAUUAGAAGCUGCUGGAUUUUUCGUGAAACUACUGCGUUUUGUUAGCAGCAAGCUAGCGGGCCGUUGUCAGCCAGGACCCAGAAAAGCAGCAUCAUCAUCAAUGGUGUGUCUACAUCCCGGAGCCGUCACAUUUUCCUGUGUACGCUCAAUGAACCAUCUCCUCAGCUCACAUCACAGCUGCAUAUGUAUGGCGUUUGCGAGGCUUGGAGGGGAGUUUUGCCAAGCCCAGCACCUGCUGCUUAUUGUGGACAAGUGAACAGGAGACACCAGCUAGGCUCAAACACUGCCAUUCACACACACACAGGUCCUUACUGCCAUCCUGUUCAACCCAUAUGAAGACAAGCCAACGUUCAGUCUGUCACCUAUCCUGGGGAGUAGGGGAGGAUUUGUUUUUAUCCCAGGAGUCUCUGUCUCCUCUCUGCUCUUCUCCUUUCCUGCCUUUCCUCCUUCUUCUUCUUCCUCUCUGACUCGCACAAGUCUUUUCUGAAUGGGCUAACAGAUUUGAAAGAAGGGAAGGACAGAUCUUUUUUCUGUCUUCUUUUUUUUUUUCCUUCUUCAGGAUUUUAGGUGUAUUCUUUCCAGUCUUCUUGACCUCAAUCUGUUUUUGUUUUGUUUUUAAACAAGCCAAUUUUAGUUAUUUAAUUGCCAAGAAAAAUUCAGAUUUUUCCCCUCAGUUUCUUCCCCAAAACAUUUAUUUUGCCUUUUCUAGUCGGACUACUUUUAUGUCACCAAAGUAAUACACUUUUACAUUCUUUGCCCAUAUAUGAUGCUCAUGCAUUAGUUAGUCAAAUUAUUUGUUUAGUAGUUUUCAAUUUUAAUACCGAAGUUAUUUUUCUUUUAGUGAAAAUAUUCUUUUUCUUUCUUGUUUUUUGUUCAAACCAUCGGACAGUCUUUACUUGAACACAUUUGAAGAGCCUGUCUGUUACUCCAUUCUCUGAAGCACAGUACCUUUGCUGAUCUUUAUUUCUCUCUUAACAAACUCUUGCGGGUCUAAAAAUGAACCGACCGGCUCCAGUGGAGAUCUCUUAUGACUGUUUGAGAUUCCUCAUUACGCACAACCCUACCAAUGCACAACUGGGAAGAUUUAUAGAGGAUUUGAAGGCAUUUGGAGUCAACACCCUGGUGAGAGUGUGUUCUGCUACGUAUGACAAGACACCAGUGGAACAAGAAGGCAUACAAGUUCUGGAUUGGCCAUUUGAUGAUGGCUCCGCACCCCCAGAUCAGGUGGUUGAUGAUUGGCUGAAUAUGCUGCAGACAAAGUUUCGAAAUGAGCCUGGCUGCUGUGUGGCUGUGCACUGUGUUGCUGGACUAGGACGAGCUCCUGUGUUGGUGGCCCUGGCUCUAAUUGAGUGUGGGAUGGAGUAUGAGGAUGCUGUUCACUUCAUAAGACUGAAGCGCCGUGGAGCCUUCAACUCCAAGCAGCUGCUAUACCUGGAAAACUACAAACCUAAGCUGUGUUUGCGCUCCAAAGAUGGCAACGGACAGAGCUGCUCCAUACAGUAGGAAUCAACAAAACCCCCUCACAUCUUCAUGGGAGACUUUCAUCCUUUGAUUUAAAAUGCAAAGCUGAAAUGUGUAGGUGAAUUGUUUUGAUGAAGUGAAAGCUCACAAAAUCUAUUUAAAGCACUUGUUAUUCUAGAAAUUGGAGGAUCUCACUUGCCAAAAUUCGGAAAAUAUGAUAACACAGGAUGUGAGUAGGUGUCACUCUGGAUUGAGUUUCAACAUGGUGGUGUUAUUUCUGAUUUUGCAUCCAAAAUGAUCCUUUCAAAAAGUGUACGUGUUAGAGGGUUUUAUCUGUAACCUCCCAUUGUCUUUAUAUUGAUAUGUAGCAAAAAUACACACACACAUACACACAUUAAAGGGAAACCCCAUAGUCAGACCAAAUUUAUUUACUGUCACAAUCACUGUGAAAUCAGGUUAAAACUUUAUUUUAAAGAUUGUUUUUCUCAACUUACUGUCACAGUUGCAGCUAUAAAAAAAAAAGCUUUGCUCUGAUUUGAAAUUUUGAGAUUAAAGAUUGGACACAACAAAAUCAGUUCUGUGUUCAGGGUAGAUUUAAUUUUGUCAUCAUUCAUUCCUGUGAUGUUAUUUUGUCUGCAGCUCGAGUCAAAGCUACAACACAAAAAACACUGAAUACAUAGUAGGAAUAUAUAGUAGGCGGUCUCUCCUCACUGACCAAAUCAAUGUCCUGCUGCCAGAGUGUGGUGCAGAUUAUAAACAACUCAGACAAUAUUUUAAAAAUGUGUUUUAAGAAGUAAAAAAAGAAAAGAAAAUGUGUCUCCAGUUUGAUGCAAAUGUGAAACAUGCUUUAUACCACAGUCUUAUCUACCUGCUGUUUGUCCCAAACCAGUCAUAGGUGCACAGUCUGCUUCUCUAGAACAAACUCGUGUUGGCUGUAAAUGUUUCACACUGUCACUCUUUCACAAUGUCACAAAGGCAGGAAGGUGUGCUUUUAAGAUCAGUUGGUGAAUGUAUUCAUUAAGAAACACUUGGAUAUUUUUUCUAGAUUGUCCUAUUAGCUAUUGAGGGUUAAAAAUCACAGAAAACCAUCAAUAAAUGUUUACUUUAUCGGUCCCAAUGCUUCUAUGGCUUCCAUUUCAAACUACAUAAUGUCAAGCUCUAAUUAACAUGUGUGUUUGAGUGGUAGCAUACACGAAUGUAUUUGAUAUUAAUCCCUCUUUUGAGGAAGUUGAAUGAUGGUGGGCUCAAUGCAAACACAUGAGCACACUAUUAAAGAGUAAAAGUUAAAAAUAAAUGAACUAACGGGGCAAUCUACAAAAUACUAUCAUGUGUUUCUAUCACAACAGCAUCAAUGGAUCAGGACUGUGGAGCUGACAUGCCACAGUUCUGUUCAGUCUCUGGCUCUGUACCUACCUAGCUAGCUGUCUGGUCAGCCGCCGUGUUUGUAAGAUGCUGUUGGUCUUUGUGAUGUUAUUUUCUGUAUUAUUUUUCCCCCUGUAUCUUUUAUCUAAUUGUUCUUAUUUAUUUAUUGAUUCCAUGUUUCUUUGUGAGAUGUCUGUCUGCCGGGGGAAAAAAGCUGUUAGUGUCCUCUUGAAAAUUAAAGUGUUUAGUA